UUCCUGCAUUCUCAUCUCUGCGAGUCGAGUCUGCGUGUAUGUGUCUGUGUGUGAGGGACGCAGGCUAAUCUCUCCCUCCCGGACGCCUCUCUGUCCGCGGGAAACACUCAUGACCGGGCGGAUUUAACCCCGCAGGACUCCCGGCGAUCCCCGCAGGCCCGACCGCAGAUCUCCGCUCCCUCGCUCCUCCUCGACAGCGGGCCAGUCGCCAUGGAGAGCUCAUCAGUGGCGUCAGCGUCAUCAGAGGCGGGAAGCACACGCUCGCAGGAGAUUGAGGAGCUGGAGCGCUUCAUCGACAGCUACGUGCUGGAGUACCAGGUGCAGGGACUGCUGAGCGACAAGAACGAAACAGACCCCGAUGUGGACAAGACCCUGUCCCACACCUCACAGUGGACAGAAGACUGCAGUGAUAAGAUUGACGGGAGCUGGUCAUCUUCACGGGGAAGGGGCUCAUCCAAACCAGAUGAUUGGGAGCACAGCAGUAAUGGCAGCACUGGUUCUAGACCCAGUUCAGGUUCUCGACCGGGUUCUGGUUCCAGAUCAGGCAGCAGAGGACGAAACAACCAGUUCAGAGCUCCAGCAAAGAAUGGAAACCGAGACGGUUCUUUCGACAUACUUGGGACGGACAUUUGGGCUGCGAACCUGGACAGUCACGGCGGUGCGACUUGGGACAUGCAGCCAGAGAAGCUGGAUUUCUCUCAGUUUCACAGAAGGCCUUUCAGAGGAACACCGAAACACCUGCCGCACAUCGACAGAGAGGGGAUGAUAAAGAACAAGUUUGAGGAGGAUGAUGGCAUUGACCUGGAGAACAUGGAGAAAUUCUUGCCCAGUCUGCCAGUUUUUCCUCCUCUGCCUAAUGAAGCUGAAAUCGCACACACUAAAAAGCUGUUUCGCCGCCGCAGGAACGACCGCCGUCGUAGCCAAUCAGAAGCUCCUCAGGACCAGCUGACUGUGGUGUUGUCGCCCGAAGGCAAGCGUCGGGUCUCCAGGAAACAGCAACGCCUGCCUGGAGGAGGAGGAGGAGGAGGAGGAGGAGGAGGGACUGGUGGGAAAUCUCCAAAUCCUCAACAGCAGCAACAAGGACUUCAGCCGCAGCAGCACCAGCCGACCAAUCAGACGCAACAGCCCAACUCAGACCACCAAUCAGGAGCUGGCUUAAAGCAAAGUGGGCGGGGUUACCAGGGCCAGCAAAAUCAAGGUGUGCGACAAAGCGGCCCUCAUCACGGAUACAGCCAGAACCGCCGCUGGCAUCAAAACCCAAAACACCAGACCAACUGCUUCAGUCAAGGACCUUCAGGGGCCGAUAGGGGCCCCGCACGCAAUACCAAAGAGACAGAGAAUGUAAAACAGGAGGAGCCGGAGAUCCACAUGGAGAAAGGAGUGAAGGAUGAACCGAAAGAAGAGGAGAAGAAGAAAGAAGACAAGCAGGAGGAGAAAACGGAGAGCGGGAAGAUCUGCUUACUGCAGUCGUCCAAAGAGAGACUGAGGAGGAGAUUAAAAGACAAGGAAGAGGUUCCAGUGGCGACGGCUGGCCCUCAACGCAGCCGAAUGGAUCGAUUAUUAGAGAUCCUGAACAGCAUGAGGAAUAACAGCAGCGGUGUGGAGGCGCAGCUCACAAGCUUCAUGGAGGAGGCGCAGAACUCAGCCGAAUCCGAGGAGACGCUCAGCCAGAUCGUGCAGACCAUUUACCGCAAGGCCGUCAGCGACCGGAGCUUCGCCGCCACCGCUGCCAAACUCUGCGACAAGAUGGCUCUGUUCAUGGUGGAGGGAACCAAAUUCCGCUCACUCCUACUGAACAUGUUACAGAUGGACUUCAAGCGGCGUGAGGAGCUCCAGCAGACGGAUGUGGAGAACUGGCUGGGCUUCAUCACAUUUCUCUGUGAGGUGUUCGGCACCAUGAGGAGCAGCGCUGGAGAGCCUUUCAGAGUCCUCGUCUGCCCCAUAUACUCCUGUUUAAGAGAGCUCCUGGAGUCGCCUGAGGUGAAGGAGGACGCUGUUCUCUGCUGUUCUAUGGAGCUCCAGAGCACCGGCCGGCUGUUGGAGGAGCAGCUGCCGGAGAUGAUGACGGAGCUGCUGGCUGCGGUGCGGGAUAAGAUGCUGUGUCCGUCUGAGUCUCAGCUGACCCGCUCACUGCUGAUGGAGGUCAUCGAGCUGCACGCGCACCGCUGGAGCCCACUGGAGGCCCUCACCACUGCAUACUACAACAGAACCAUCCAGAAGCUGACCGCAUGACCAUAAAGGAGGACUGACCACUGCUGAACACACACACAAACACUACACACACACACACACGCUACUGCAUACAACAACAGAAAGAUCCAGAAGCUGACCGCAUGACCAUAGAGGAGGACUGACCACUGCUGAACACACACACACACACACACACACACACACACACACCACUGCAUACUACAACAGAACCAUCCAGAAGCUGACCGCAUGACCAUAGAGGAGGACUGACCACUGCUGAACACACACACACACACACACACACACACCACUGCAUACUACAACAGAAGCUGCCCGCAUGACCAUAGAUGGCCCCUGCUAAACAACACACACAAACCCACUCACUAUACACACUCAUACACACACACUCACUAUACACACUCAUUAUACACACAUAAAACACACAUGCGCGCACACACAAACACAAAGGAGAGGAAGGGUCAGAGGGCAGAGGGUAAAAUAUGCAGAUUGAAAUGAAUAUGUAGAUGUUGACACUUCACAUCUGCAUAUUCAUGAGCUGACCCAGACGCACAGACGCUAAACCAGACAGUCAUCAGACACACAGACGCGUGAGUCGCUGUCGCUCUGUCCAGACCAAACACACACACAAAUUGAAUGCAUUUUGCAUUAAUAAAAGUGAAGCCUAUUUUUUUAAAUAUACAUUUUAGGAUUAUUUUUAUAACUUUACAACAUAUUAUCCCAAAAAAUCAUAAUGAUGCAUAAAUAUUUGUUCAAUU